GGCGGCGCUCGGGUGACUCACUGGGGCGACCGAUGCAUGACGUUCUGAUGCAACGUCCUAGUCGAGGAAGCCGCCGGUGCACGUUGCGGUGACAAGGCGGCAGAGUGUGGCGGACGAUGUCCUUGGAGGCGACCGGGCCUACCGCGGGGAUGGUACUCGCAGAGCUGUAUGUCUCGGAUCGAGAGGGAAAUGAUGCUACAGGUGAUGGAACCAAGGAGAAGCCUUUUAAAACAGGCCUAAAGGCUUUGAUGACAGUGGGAAAAGAACCGUUUCCCACCAUUUACAUAGAUUCCCAGAAAGAAAAUGAGAGGUGGGAUGUUAUUUCUAAAUCACAGAUGAAGAACAUAAAAAAAAUGUGGCAUAGGGAACAAAUGAAGAGUGAAUCCCGGGAAAAGAAAGAGGCAGAAGAUAAUUUGCGAAGAGAAAAGAACCUGGAAGAAGCAAAGAAGAUUACCAUUAAAAAUGAUCCAAGUCUCCCAGAGCCAAAAUGUGUGAAGAUUCAUGCACUAGAAGAGUACAGAGGCCAAAGAGUAAAGGUGUUUGGCUGGGUCCACAGGCUGCGUAGGCAAGGAAAGAAUUUAAUGUUUCUGGUGUUGCGGGAUGGUACAGGCUAUCUUCAGUGUGUCUUGUCAGAUGAUUUGUGUCAGUGUUACAAUGGAGUUGUCUUGGCCACUGAGAGCAGUGUUGCAGUGUACGGGACUCUAAAUCUGACCCCAAAGGGCAAGCAGGCCCCCGGGGGCCAUGAGCUGAGCUGUGACUUCUGGGAACUGAUUGGGCUUGCCCCUGCUGGAGGAGCUGAUAACUUGAUUAACGAGGAGUCCGACGUGGAUGUCCAGCUCAACAACCGACACAUGAUGAUCCGGGGAGAAAACAUGUCCAAGAUCCUGAAAGCACGUUCUGUGGUCACCCGGUGCUUUAGAGAUCACUUCUUUGAUAGGGGGUACUAUGAAGUUACUCCUCCAACGUUAGUGCAAACACAAGUAGAAGGAGGUGCUACACUCUUCAAGCUUGACUAUUUUGGGGAAGAGGCAUUUUUGACUCAGUCCUCGCAGCUGUACCUGGAGACCUGCAUUCCAGCUCUGGGAGAUGUGUUUUGUAUCGCACAGUCAUACAGGGCAGAACAAUCUAGAACACGAAGGCACCUGGCUGAAUACACUCAUGUGGAAGCAGAGUGCCCUUUCCUGACCUUUGAGGAGCUUCUGAACCGAUUGGAGGACUUGGUUUGUGACGUGGUGGAUAGAGUCUUGAAAUCACCUGCAGGAAGCAUAGUGCGUGACCUCAACCCGAACUUCAAGCCUCCCAAACGACCUUUUAAGCGGAUGAACUAUUCAGAUGCUAUUGUGUGGCUGAAAGAACACAAUAUAAAGAAAGAAGAUGGAACCUUCUAUGAAUUUGGAGAGGACAUCCCAGAAGCUCCUGAGAGACUGAUGACGGACUCCAUUAAUGAGCCCAUCUUGCUCUGUCGAUUUCCUGUAGAGAUCAAGUCCUUCUAUAUGCAACGCUGUCCCGAGGAUUCCCGCCUUACAGAAUCUGUUGACGUGUUGAUGCCCAAUGUUGGUGAGAUUGUGGGAGGCUCAAUGCGUAUCUGGGAUAGUGAGGAAAUACUGGCAGGUUAUAAAAGGGAAGGAAUUGACCCCACUCCCUAUUACUGGUACACAGAUCAGAGAAAAUAUGGCACAUGUCCUCAUGGAGGAUAUGGCUUGGGCUUGGAACGAUUCUUGACCUGGAUUCUGAAUAGGUAUCACAUCCGAGAUGUAUGCUUAUACCCAAGAUUUGUCCAGCGUUGCAAGCCAUAACUGAUUCCUCCAGAAGCAUUAAGGAAAGAAGAUAGUUUAUGAAAGGAACAGACUGCCUCUUAAAAAACAAAAAACGAAAGCCAAAAUCUUCCCUUUUUUAUUCCACUGCUGUAUGUAUAUCCAUCUCUUUUUUUUCCCACAAAAAGCAGUCAAAAUCAUGUGACUGUCAAAUGACAUCGGUGUUCUCAUUUUAAGAAACACUAUCCAUCACAAAGCUUGGAGGAAAUAUGUACAUGCCAUGUUACACUACAGUUGUAAGUCCAUAUCAUCCUUUUAUCCAAUUAUGGGAUUUAAUUUUUGCCUCAUAUAUAAUUAAAGAGAUUUUAAUUAUGGUUUAAGACAUUCCAGUAACUUAAUCUUUCCGUCCUGUUAAGUGUAACUGGAAUUCUUUAUAUGAUUUUGUUGUAUGAGUGAGUUAGAACAAAGAUCUUGAGGAAAAACUGAUAAUGUGUAGAAAUCUGCUGAUAUUAGAACACUAUAAUUCAUUGAUACUGGAAUCAAAGACAGUUUUGCAUUGGUUAUUAAUCUUUUCUAAUCUGUAGAGCUGCUUAUAGUUCUAAAACAUACAAAUUGAUGUGGAGGAAGCUGUAAAAAAUGAGGAUUUUGCGUUAAACAAUUUGAAAUAACAGCAAAUUCUUUUUGUUGUUGUUCCUUGCUUUAGUUUAAGUUAAAGAGGCAGAGUGAUCUUCUCGCUUUCCUGAUAGUGUCUAAGUAAUUAAGAAUAAAUAAGUUCCAAAAGAAUUUGCAGCUGGAAUCUUAAUGACAACUGUAUGUGGCCGUUUGAGUCUCCCCACACUGUGACUCUAGAUCUAAUCUGUGCUACCAUAUUAACUCCUAGCAGGAAUGGCUUCAUUUCAGAUUUGGUACAUUUCUCUCCCCAAAUGCAUGUCAUGUGUUCUCAAUAGGCUGUAUUCCCAGCAAUCAAUAAAUGGACACACAUGAAAACUG